AUGCAGAAUCAGCCUAAAACUGAGGAAACAACCGACUACUUUCACCCAGAAUCGAGUUUUCGUUCGUACGCAAACCAGAUGUCAUCUCCAACUCCGCGACGCCGCGAAGAAAAGCCUGGUAGCGGAGGCAGCAGCGUCGGACAUCGUUCGCAACCAUCCGUGGAUGCUCUUCGGGCUUCCGUACUCGACGCGGCGCUUCAGCUUGGCUUCACUGCAAAUCCGACCGUCACAAACUGGCUGUUCAAUCAGCCCACUCUUGAGGAGGAGAGAGAGGAGGAUGCCGAUUUCGAGAAUGCGACGUCUCCUUCACUGACUUCAGCAUCUACGGAUGAAUCGUCUUUCCCGUACACGCCUCCGACCGCAUUCGCCCAGUCGCCCCCCAGUUCCUUCUCCAACCCGCAUAAGCGUUACCUCUAUGAUUACACAGCGCCGACCAUCGCAAACCCACUGCCUCACGAUGACAGGUCGCUAGACGGCCACUCCGAAUCUCUACAAUCUCACGUCGCGUCUCAUCCAUCCUCGCGUGACGACCACUCUUCACCAGCCUUCGCCUUCUUGGCUAAUCCUCCGUCGUCGUCGGUAAAGAACAAACUCCGGAAGAAGAAGAAGGACAAGGAGAAAUAUGACACUGAUGGAUACGUCAGCGAGGGCGGGAAUGAGACGGACGCUAGUGGAUACCUGUCAUCCUCGUCGAAGAAGAGUAAGAGCGGGAAGAAGAGAGGGUUUUUCGGAAGACUAGGGCGAUCGAAGCACGAUAGCGACGAUGAUCUAGGGAGUUUGAGCGAGUCUGGAGUGAAGUCGAAAGCGGAGAAGAAGGCGAAGAAGGAGAAGAAGGAGAAGGAGAAGAAAAGUAAGAAGAAGGAUAAACACUCCGAGGAAGAUAGUGCUCCUCCCAACGCCGCCCAAGCCACUCUGGGCGCGAGCGAAAUCGAUUGGCAGCUCCCGUUACCGCCCAUCGCCGGCCGCUUUGCUACUACAUUGAGCGGCAGCCGUGCAGCUACUCCAGAUCUAGGCUUCAGAGAGCCAAUGCUCACGGAUUCGCGUGACCCCACCCCUACCCCGAUGGCGAUGGCGAUGGGAGGAACACCAAGGCACUCUGACCCUACUGUAGACAAUGGCGAUAAUAUCCCUGCUAUCUCGUCGCCAGUACGGCAUACCCCGGAACCCAGUUCUACUCAACCCAUCGUCGCACAGCCCGUGGCUCCUCGUUCUCGGAUAUCGCCAACGUCAAGGUCACCUCUACCGCCUCUAGCAAAGUCACCUUCGCCGCCGCAGUCUUAUGCUCCUCCACCUCCACCGUCAUAUGUUACGCCAUCACCUUCUUCGUAUACUCCUGCGUCCCCUUCAGCCCCAACUACCACGAACUCAAUGAGGAAACCUUCAAUCAGCAAGUUAGCAAUCUCUUACCCCAUUUCCCGGAUGUUGAAGGAUGACGGAAAGUCGAACCAGUCAGACGCGCCCGCUGGCACGUUGGAUCAAACCCUUCAAGGUAAAGGACGAUCACGUCCUACGUUGCCGCCAAUUUUCGUUGGUGACAUGCCUUCGGAACCCGCAGCUACGCGGUUGAAUGCCCCUGCUAAUUCUGCGCAAGUUUCUCCCGUUGUACCUUCGUCUGCCUUCUUGGUCCCCUCGCCCGGGCUCCAACCCCAGAUCUCUCGAUCGAGGCCGGAGCACCUGACGACCCUCGGUCCUCAAGGAGAUGAUGACGGCCUGACGCCACCAGUCUCACCUAUGCGUCGACCGUCUUCGCCUGGGGGCACACCUUGGGUGCAGCGAAACAUCACAAGACCGUCAACCGCCGAACCAGCAAUCCCUUCUUCCAAGUCGCCCAUAUCGUACUCUCCGGCUCGCGGUCCCGGGUUUCAACGGCCGUGGCAAGCUCCUCCUCCGCCUAGUCCUCCUCCUACUUCACCACUUCCUCCUCCCCCGUUCCAAACAACGUCUUCACACCCAGCUCCGACCGGUCCUCUACCGCCUCCCCCCGCUUCGCCCAGCGCCCAGGGCGACGGCCUUUCUAUACCGCCUCUUCGUACUCGCGCUAUCUCCGGAUCAGGCGUAGGCAGGGUGUCGCCGUUUGCUGGUGGAGGAUCGAGAGGACCAUCCCCUCAACCUCCACCCGUCGCUUGGAAAGCCACGGAAGGGCUGUCAAGGAUUGGUACGGCGAACAGAGUCAGCCAGCCGUCUCUGAGGCAGAGGCCUUCGCUACCGGAUAUGCGACAGUCUCAGUACAGCGAAGGUGGUGAUCCAUCGGAGCCCGUUGGCCUUGGAAGAACAUCGAGCCAGAUUCAGCGAGGAAGAGAGUCGCCUUUCCCUACUAGGCCUUUGAAGAUAGGUGGAGUGAGGAUGCAGCCGCCGAGCCAGAGGACCAGCCGAGUCGCGGGUGCAGGGAUCGGCGAGGCGACCCUACCGCGGACGCGUAGCAGGAAGAAGAGGGUAGCGUUCGAGAUGAAGCUCGAGGAACCCAGCGACGGGGAGGAUGAAGCUGACGACGACAACGAGGUUGGCCUGGUAUAUGACGAUGCGUCUGUGCGGAAUAGCGGUGUCAGUCAACAGCUGAGGGACUCUAUGUUUGCAGACGAUGGCCCGAACCCGCGAGAGAGCUUCAUGUCGAAUAUGGUGGAUGCCCCCCAGAUGAAUGGCCCAGCGGGUAGCCGAAGAAUGCAGGAUAACUACGAUUCGGACUCAGAUGAUGCAUCGGUGUAUACGGCGGGCCGGAAGACGAUGUACUUUGAGGACGAUCUCGUCGACGUGGAUAGCGCUUUACAGAACUUGAUGACAACUAGGCCAUGGAAGCAAGAUAGUAAUGCCGCGGCGGCCGCGUCUACAGCGACGGUCGACAGUCCAGCGUACAGCGCUCCUGCGGCCUUGGACAGGCAGUUGGCUGGUGCCAGAUCAGGCCGCGGCGCUGUGGUGAUAGAUGAUAAGAUGAGCGGAGAGAUGAGGGAGAGAUUCGUUCGGAGAGUGAUGCGCUGGAAGGAGGUCCAGGAGCAGACCCCCAAUAUUGGCCGAGUCGUCGCGGGGAUGAGUGACGAGGGUGUCGACGACAGGAAGACUAGGGAGGAUGAGGAGGAUGUUGGGUUCAGGAAGACGCAGGAGAUCAACGCUAGGUUGGUAAGCGCGAUGAGAGGCGGCGUCAGAGGUGUUUCACCUGUACCGCCGGUGCCAACCAUGCCGAUGAUGAACCAAGGCCCUCGGGGUAGAGGCAUUGGAAGGGGUGUUGGUUUUGGCAGAGGAGGUGCGCAAGCCGCAUGGUUUUGA